AUGGCACCCAAUAAGAAGAGCAAUGAGAGCCUGAUGUUCCUCUUCAUCUGUCUCCUCAGCCUGAAGGACAAUGCAGUCGAUUUCAGCCAGGUCGCUGCUGCAACCAACCUCAAGAUCCCGGCCGCCCGCAUGCGUUACUCCCGUCUCAAGAAACAGCUGGAGGUUGAGCUGGUUAACGGCAAGUUCGACCUCACCAAGGGGGCUGUCGAGGCCUCUGAUCCUGUCGAGGCUGCUGCUGUCGCUGCUCCUGAUGAGCCUACUGUUGCUGAAAAUGCUGCUGAGACUACUGCUUCUCCAGCCAAGAAGAAGCGUGGUGGAAAACGCAAGAAGACUGUUGCUGAUGAUGAGGAUGAUGCCUAA